AUGUCGACGUCGACACGUUUCGUGCAAAACGGCCGUAAUAUGACGACGCAUCAUCGCUUGCAUGCAAGCGUCAUCAGUGAGCAUCUUCUUGAGAUUCCAGUUGAGCAACUGAGACGUAUCGCGCAAACGGAAGGGGUGAACUCAAUCGAACGCGAAACCAAGCAUUUUUCAUUUUCACUUGAUAAUUCAUCAGAGCGACAAUUGUUUUUAGAUAGCACCACACUCCACGGUCCGUUACGACUCUAUCAAGGCAAAGGAAUCGGUAAAUUAUUCUGGGGCCUUGUAAUGGCCGUCGCACUCGUCUUUCUUUCGUUGCAAGUGAACAUAUUGGUUGCGGAUUUCUUAUCGCGACCCACAACAACCUCGGUCACAUUUGUCGCCAAAGAUUCACUCACCCUACCGGCCGUCACAAUCUGCAAUUACAAUCCGAUCAAAAAGGCUUACGUUCGUUACAAUGAAUCGCUGAAUUCGGGUAAAAGAGACUACGAAAUAUUCCAAAAAGCCUUCCUGGAAUAUGAUUUCAAUAUUGCUAACUUCUUCGCACAUUCAGGUUUCACGUGUAACGAAAUGCUGAAAGUGUGUACGUUAGGCGGUAACAAUCUUGACUGUUGUGCAAUGUCCAAGAAGAUUCUCACCGAUCUCGGUUGGUGUUACGCGUUCUCGGUGGAAGAGCACAUCCUCAGACAAACCCUUCCGGGUGUCUUUAAUGGGUCUGUUUAUUAG